AUGUUCUCUCGUCAAACUCUGUGUAUUGUGGUGUUGAUCCAUAGAUCUGGUUUGUGUGUUGUUAAUUGGUGGUUGUAUGAUGUUGUGAGGAUGAAGUUUGAUGAUAUUGAACAAGAACGAGCAAGAUGCGAUAGAGGAAUAUUGGUCGUAGAUGAAGGCGGUAAGGUGGUGGUACGCGUGAGGCAGAAGGUAGAGGAGUGGAUUAUAAGACUUGUAUCCCAAAGCAAGGCCAAAGAUAACAUUGGUAGCAACUCCAGUCUUGCAGGAAUCAGCAACAUCUUGCACAAGGCUAUAUGCAUUACUAAUAUAGUAUUCAGUAACAAAACCAAUGAUAAGCCCUGCCCAAAGACCAACAGAAACAGACAAGAAUAG